AUGAGUGCACCAGCACCUACAGGAUCUAGGCCUGCUGCCGCACCAUCAAUUCAAGAAUUCAGCAUUCGUGUUCCUAAGAAUAGCCGAAAGCGGCACAAUGUAAUGCGUUUUAACGCGAAUUUAAAUGUCGAUAUUGCAAAAUGGACACAAGUAAAAAUGGAGAGAGAAAACAAUGCCCGCGAGUACAAGGGUUACGACGAAGAAAUGCCAAAGUUUGGAGCUGGGUCUGAAUUUGGUCGUGAUGCUCGUGAAGAAGCAAGGCGUAAGAGAUUUGGUAUUACUGCACGAAAAUACAAGCCAGAAAAUCAGCCCUGGAUCCUUAAAACUGACGGUAAAACUGGGAAAAAAUUCAAGGGAAUACGUGAAGGAGGUAUUGGAGAAAAUGCCGCGUACUACGUAUUUACACACGCACCUGACGGUGCUAUUGAAGCUUUUCCGCUUCAUGAGUGGUAUAAUUUUCAACCAAUCCAACGGUACAAAACUCUGAGCUUUGAAGAAGUAGAAGAUGAAAUGAAAAGACGUGUUAAAAGAAUGAACUAUUGGUCGCUGAUGGACAGAAAAAAAAAGAAAGAUAAUGAAAAUGAUGAUGAUCCAGAAAAUGUUGAAACAAAUGUAAAAGAUCAACUUGCUCUGCAGAUUACUGAGAAUGAAGAGUGGAUGAAAAGCGAUGACGACGAAAGCGAAUCGGAUGAAGAGGGUGGCAAGAAAAAAAAGAAGGAUUCUGAUGAUGAUAAUGAUUAUAAAGAUGACGACAAAAAAAGCAAAAAGAAAAAGAAACCAAUCAAGAAGAAGAAAAAGAAGAAGCGUGACUCUGAUGAUGAAGCAUUCGAAGAGAGUGACGACGGUGAUGAGGAAGGAAGAGAGUGCGAAUAUUUAACAGAUUCGACCGACUCAGAAGAUGAAGUAGAAUCCAAAGAAGUUAAAUCUGUCGCUGAAGAAGAUGCCCUUAGGAAAGCGUUGGUUUCAGAUGAGGAUGACGAGGAAGAAAAUAAUGAGGAGAAAAAAGAUGACGAUGAGUUUGACGAAGAUGAAGCUAAAGACGAAAAAGACAAAGCUAAAGAGACGGAAAAGAAGAAAGAUAAGAAGAAGAAGAAAAAACCUAAAAAGAAAGACGUGAAAAAAAAUUCUAAAGAUUCGUCUCUUAGUGAGGAUUCCAGCGAUUCAAACUCCGAUUCAGAUUCUCCCAAAGAAUCUAAAGAAAUUAAUGGUAAAAAAUUAGCCAGCGCUCAUAACUCAAGAUCUUCUACUCCCACUGUCGUUGCCGGUUGUUCUACCGAUAACUUGAAGCGUAAAGCAGCUGCUUCUCCGGAAUUAUCUCAAAUUAAAAAAAUUAAAACCGAAACUCCGACUCCUGCUCCUGCUCAGGUUCCAACCACACCGAUAUCUGGAUCAAACGAAGGGAUUACUGAAGAAGCCGUUCGCCGUUACUUGAUGCGCAAGCCGAUGACAACAACAGAAUUGCUACAGAAGUUCAAUUUAAAAGGAAAAAUCAUAGCAAUAAGGCGUGAAGAUCAAUCAGUAUGGGAAAGAAGAGCUCCAUUGGCACCAUCAAACGUUCGACGUUUAAUAAGAUCUGGCGUAAGAGUAAUCGUGCAGCCGAGCAACCGUCGUGCUUACCCAGCGCAAUCGUAUUUAGCUGCUGGAGCUCAUCUUCAAGAAGAUAUAAGCGAAGCUUCAGUGAUCUUCGGAGUAAAGCAAGUUCCUGUUGACGCCUUAAUACCUAACAAGACUUACUGCUUCUUUUCACAUACAAUAAAAGCUCAGGAGAGCAACAUGCCACUCUUGGACGCGAUUCUCGAAAAAAAUAUCCGGCUGCUGGACUAUGAGAAGCUCACUGAUAAAAAUGGGCAACGACUCGUCGCGUUUGGCAAGUACGCCGGUGUAGCUGGCAUGAUAAAUAUUCUCCAUGGGUUGGGACUCAGGCUCUUGGCUCUUGGACAUCACACACCUUUUAUGCACAUCGGACCAGCCCAUAAUUAUCGCGACUCAGCGGUUGCUCGGCAAGCGAUCCGCGACGUCGGGUAUGAAAUUGCACUAGGAGCGAUGCCCAAGUCAAUCGGGCCGCUGACUUUUGUCUUCACAGGCAGCGGAAAUGUUAGCCAAGGUGAUACAAACAAAAUAUACGGAUGCGAGAUACGUCGUAGGCAUCAUUUAGAGCGCAAAGAAGACGGUGGAUACGACGCUGAAGAAUACGAUAAGCAUCCCGAGCGUUACAUCUCAACAUUCAGCAAGAAGAUAGCUCCCUACGCAUCAGUGAUAAUAAACGGUAUCUACUGGGCAGUAGACUCUCCAAAGCUGCUGACGAUUCCUGAUGCAAAGUACCUUCUGCGACCAGCUUACACCCCCUGGCUGCCAAUAAGCGUCGGUGCGCCAGCGUUGCCUCACCGUAUGCUGGCGAUCUGCGACAUAUCCGCUGAUCCAGGAGGUAGUAUUGAAUUUAUGAAUGAAUGUACGACUAUUGACACGCCAUUUUGUCUUUACGACGCUGACAGAAACAAAGACACUAAGUCAUUCAAAGGUCCUGGUGUUUUAGUCUGUUCUAUUGAUAACAUGCCAACGCAGUUGCCCAAAGAGUCCACUGACUUCUUUGGUGACUUGCUGUUUCCAUUCGCUCAGGAGAUUAUUGAGAAAUCUGACGCCAAAAAGCCUUUGGAGGAGCACGAUUUCAGUCCCGCAGUCCACGGUGCUAUAAUCGCGUCCAACGGACAAUUGACUCCCAACUUUGAGUACAUAAAGGAGCUGAGAACAAUGAAUCAGAGAAGCAAACACAAAGCUGCCAGCGACAGUGAAGCCCAGACUAAGACCAUUGUAGUACUGGGUGCUGGAUAUGUUGCAGCUCCGCUGGUUGAAUAUUUGCAUCGAGAUGGUAACACAAAAAUAGUUGUCUGCUCACAUUUAAAGGACGAGGCUGAUACACUCGCUAACAAAUAUUCUGGGGUUGAGUCUAUUUUCUUGAAUGUUACCGAACGCCCUGAUACUUUGAAAGAAAUAAUAAGCUCGGCAAAUGUUGUGGUUUCUUUGCUGCCUUAUGGGCUUCAUCAUAGCGGAAAAUGCUGGAAUAACUAUUUUAAAUGAAAUGGGUCUAGAUCCAGGUAUUGAUCAUUUGCUAGCUCUUGAGUGUUUUGAGGAUGUAAAACAAGCAGGCGGUAAAAUUGAAUCAUUUAUUUCCUGGUGUGGAGGUCUACCAGCGCCAGAGUGUUCAGCUAAUCCUCUGAGGUACAAAUUCAGUUGGUCACCGCGCGGUGCUUUGAUAAACACUCUAUCACCGGCGAAAUACUACCACAACGGACAAGUUGUUGAGAUCGCUGGAGGUGGUGAUCUCAUGUCGGCAGUUCAGAGUCUUGAUUUUCUGCCAGGAUUUGCUCUGGAGGGCUUUCCUAAUCGCGACAGCACGAUGUAUCGAGAAUUAUACGGAAUUCAGAAUGCUAAUACUAUUUUACGAGGAACGUUAAGAUUCAAAGGUUUCACCGAUACUGUUCAAUCUUUGCAAUACUUGGGUCUCAUUGAUCCUAAUCCUCAUCCUAUUUUACAUCCGAAUGGCCCAGAUAUCACUUGGCGUACACUUAUUUGCAAUCUUUUGGGGCUUAUAAACGAUAAUAUAUUCUACGAAAAUCUCAAACGAAAGCUUGUAGAGCGUGUAAAUUCUGAGGAACGUGUCCAAGCCCUUGAAGACCUCGGUUUGCUUGCUGAAGACUCUGUGUUGAAACUAAACACUCCAUUAGACACGCUGGCGCAUUACUUGUCUAAAAAACUCAACUUUGAGAAAUCAGAACGCGACUUGGUGAUCCUGCGCCACGACAUUGGAAUCCAUUGGCCGGACCAUAGAAUUGAGGACAGAGGAAUAAAUUUAGUUAUUUACGGCAACGCUGACGGGCACUCGGCGAUGUCUCGUACCGUUGGAUAUCCAGCAGCUAUUGCUGCCAAGAUGAUUCUGGACGGUGAAAUUCAACAACGUGGUGUUAUUUUACCCUUCACACCUGAUAUUUAUCGCCCUGUUCUUAAUAGACUAAGGUCUGAGGGAAUUGAAUCCUUUGAAACAUCUAGAUGGCGUUAA